UGAUCAGAAUUCGGUGUUAAAACGUCCGAUGAGCCCACCGUCGAUUUUCUGUCCCAAAAAAUUGAGGAACCUCGAGAAAUCCGGCGAAGGAGAUGCAAAUGAUUCGUCUCCAAUCAGUCGUUUACCAGACGAAAUCAUCCUCCUAAUAUUAAACAGAUUAAUCGAUUUGAAAACCCUUUGCUUUUGCUAUCUGGUUUCCAAACGUUUCUCCUCGAUUGUACUUCAAGUCGAUGCCAUUUCCUUCGCUUCUCCAGUCUUAAACCCUCACAUUUCCGAUAAGAAGACCAUCCCAAGUAAGUCGUUUCUGCGCAUGAUUUCGUCGUUAUACGGUGAGUCGUUUCUAUCUGUCUAUAGGUUUUUGAUCAAGUUUAAAGGAGUGAAGUCCUUAUGUAUCGAACUUCUAGCACCGGGUCAUAGUGCUGUCGAUAGUCGUUUGUUCAAAUGGAAGGUUAAUUUCACGAAGAAAAUUGAAUCGUUUAUAUUUCUGUGGCCGAAUUCACUCUGUGAUAAGGAUGGAUUUUGUGUUAAUGGAAAUGGGGAUGAAGAAGGAAGCCUGGAGUUAAACAGUGAUUUGUUGAAGAACAAACAUAUCAUUUCGUUUCAGUGUCUGCAAGAUAUCAUGGCAUGGCAUGUGAUGUUGUUGUACCUCGUUAAUGAUCUACCCAUGUUGGAAGAGGUAUGUAUUAGCGAUUCAGGGAGAAGAGGGAGGCUUUCUCUGAGUGGGAAAAAACUCAGUGAGGUUAAGGAAUGGGUGCAUUCAGCUUCGGAAACUAUGCUGAAUCGUGUAAAUGUUCCUACUAUAUUGCGUAACUGUUAUAUUCCGGUUUUUAAAUUGCCAGUUUCAGGGUAUGUGAUGAAGGGGAUAUACUUUUGUGUAAUGGAAAUGAAAGAUAUGGAGGGUGGAAAUGAGUUUCUUAUGAGCAGUGAAAAUGGUGGUUUUGAAGAUAAAGAAGAGUCUGCAUAUACUGAAGCUAUGAUGGAGAUUUUGAAGAAGUAUAAAGGCAUGAUGCUUACUCAGAACCUGCGGUGGAACCUUGAUGAGGAAGCUGGGCAACAUCCUAGGUUACAGUUUCAAAUUUCAGAGCCAUAAAAACUUUUGGAUGCACAGAACUUGCUUGUUGGUUGUUUAAUCGAAAGUCAUGAAGUCUUGGUGCUUUGUUAUAAGUGUUAGUUUGAAAAUUGUUGAUUUUGAUGAACUAAUAUGCAUUUGAAAGUUGUUUUUUUAGAAGGGUAAAAUAGUAAUUUUUAUCAUUCAGUACCAGCUACACAAGCAACAGUCGUUAAUUCGUUAAUAAUGGUACAUUUUAAUUAGUAUUAUUGAAUUUAAGAAA